AUCCAAAGAAAGUCAUCUUUCAGAUUGUUUGCUCAGAGUUCAUCUCAAAGCCCUGGCAAGGAUUGGAGCAGUCAAUAAGAGUCAGCGCCUUUAAAAAGAAAUCUACUCACUUUUCUGUGUGCAUAAGGCCAAGCAGAGGUUCUACCUCUCAAGAGGAACUGACUUCUGUUGAGUACUCAACACGCCGCAAAGACCAGCAAUCUUGCACCCUCACCUCACAGCAUGGAGACAGGAGACCAAGCUAAGAGAACCAGGAAUGAAGACAUUUUCAACUGCUUAUACAAAAACCCUGAGGCAACUUUUAAGCUGAUUUGCUUUCCCUGGGCAGGAGGUGGCUCCAUUCAUUUUGCCAGAUGGGGCCAAGAUACUCGUGAUUUGCUGGAAGUGCACUCCUUAAGGCUUCCUGGAAGAGAAAGCCGAGUUGAAGAACCUUUUGCUAAUGACAUCUCCCAGUUAGUUGAUGAAGUUGUUUGUGCUCUGCAGCCAGUCAUCCAGGAUAAACCAUUUGCAUUUUUUGGCCACAGUAUGGGAUCCCACAUUGCUUUUAGGACUGCACUACACCUAAAAGAAAACAAUAAACCAGAACCGUUGCAUUUAUUUUUGUCAAGUGCAACUCCUAUACAUUCAAAGGCCUGGACUCGCAUUCCCAAAGAUGAUGAAUUGUCAGAAGAACAAAUUAGUCAUUACCUUAUGGAAUUUGGAGGCACCCCCAAGCAUUUGGUUGAAGACAAGGAAUUUGUGAAACAAUGUAGUACCAUCAUAAGGGCAGAUCUGAACAUUGUUAGUAGUUGCAUCUCUACUGUACCAUCUAAGGCUGUUCUUUCUUGUGACUUAACAUGUUUUGUUGGAUCUGAAGACAUAGCAAAGGACAUGGAAGCCUGGAAAGAUGUAACCAGUGGAAAUGCUAACAUUUGCCAGCUUCCAGGGGGUCACUUUUAUCUUCUGGAUCCUGCGAACGAGAAAUUAAUCAAGAACUACAUAAUCAAGUGUCUAGAAGUAUCAUCGAUUGCCAAUUUUUAGAGAUUUUUCCUUUCACUUUUAAAAUAAUCAAAGUAAUAUCAU